AGUAGCUGAGAGGUUGAGCCCUGGCAAACAUCUCUGCAUGGGUGCGAAACUUCAGUGUUGUCAAGAAUAAGGUGUUUACUGCCGUUUAUGUGUGUUGUGAUCAAAUUCCUGUUAUCCUCGUGACAUUUUCAAAUUGAGCGUGUCUGCCAAAGGGGCAAUAUACCCUUGAAUUAAUUUUCUGUGAUUGAUCACGUUUUCAUCGCUAGAAAGGUCUGACAAUGGCGACUCUUAAUCAGGCCGAUUCAGGCCAUGAGACCCUGAUAUCAGAUGAAGAUUCACCCACGCCAACCGUGGAGCGUGCAUCUUCCGAAGUCAUCUACUCUACUAUUAGCAAUAGCACUUCAUCCAUGGGCUCAUCCAAUUUUGCUCGAACACGUCGAAGCCUGGCCGAGCCACCAGUAACGAAUAACAUGACCAAUUCAAGCAAUGGUCCGGUCCCAAUUUAUGAAGACAUUGAUCAGUAUCAUCAGCAUCCGCCCAUGAUUGCACCCGUGAGUGGUGUCCCCAACCUCAAAGGCAAAACAAUGAUCCGGCCCAUAGCCUUCAGGCCCAAUCCCAACAGCGGGAACCUCAUGUGCUUGUCAGGAGCGUCAACCCCAACGAACCCGUACGGUUCAUUUAAUGGAUCUCUCCCGCCCAUCCCGCCCAAUGUGCCGUUGAGCAAUCGGAUUCCAGGCAAUGAGGGAUUCGCACCGGGCCAUCCACUCAUCAAAGAUGGUCGCCGACAUUACGGAAGUUCUCAGGAAUUGCAUGUCCAACAAUCCCCCGCUGCUGCUGCUUUCAACAAAUUCAACUCCCUCGACCGACGAGCUUUGGCUCGCAGGCAUCACACCAAUCUGAAGCUGAUCCCCACCUCUUCCUCGGGAUCGGAAUCAUUGCCCAAUUCGUCGUCGGUGGUGGGGCCCACUCCUCCUUCCAGUCACUCCCAGCCCCGACCUCUUAAUGACCUCAGGAGUAAGGAACCCGAGCGGCGACACUCCUCCUAUGACCCAACGAGUCGCAGCCUCAAUCGCUAUAGGCCAUUGGGCGGGAACAAUAGCAACAAUGGGACCCACGGGACCAAUGCCAACCUAGGAGGAAAUGUCAUUGGUCAGGUGCGCCUGAGUGCCAUGAACAUCAACGGUUUGCCUGAUCCCUUUAAUCAAGCGCUUCACCCAAGUGGUCCGGUGACCUCCAUGAACGGCCCGAGCGGCCUCAAUACCCUUUCUCAGCGACCUCAAGCCACCCAUCACGCCCAACCUAGUAUCUAUUCCAGUCAAGAAUCUCUGCGGAGUCAGGCUUCGGUUUCGAGGAGCAAUCCACCCCCGGUGGGCCGACCCGGAGCAGGCACUCCUCAGUUCCAAAACCUCAGUGGUGUCAUUCGUAAUCCCAACUCCCGGGGCUCUCUCACCAACUUGAACCAGUCAACCAAUGUAUCGUCGUCAAACUACGCUGUUCCGUCCAGAAGCAUGAGCGGCUCGAACCUUCACCACUUGGAUCACCAUCGGCUCAUCGAUUCCGGAGGGUCCAGCACCUCGUCCCAUGGGACAGUGGAGAUGAACCAGACUCCCAGUCCGUCCGACUCGGCUGUGGGAGAUCUGGAAACGGUGCUCAAGGAAAAAGAUACAGAGAUCAACUACCUACGAGAAACCAUGGAGCAGAACGAACAAGUCAUCUUCAAGGUCUAUGAAGAGAAGGAAAAGAUGUGGGAACGUGAGAUUCGCAAGAUCAAAGGCCUCUAUGACAAUCGAUUGCGUGCCAGUCAACAGAAGUCCACCAAAAUGGAGCAGGCCCUUACAAAUCAAACCUAUCAGCUCCAAAGUGACAAAAGAAGGCUGGAACAGGAAUUGGAGGAGAUCAAGCGCAAAUUGUCCACCAAAGACAAGACACAGGAGAGGCUCGAGCAAGAAAUGCAUUCGUUAAAAGCGUCGCUCCAUGAAAGCGAAUGGAAUUCUUGUGCCAAAUCCGGAGAGAUCUCGUUCCUUCAAGCUCGAAUGGAGGACAGAAGUAGCAGUAGCAGCAGUAAUGGCAGCAGUUCCAAUCCAAAUUCAACCUCGAUCCCGUCCUCGUGUGUCUCAAGUUCAUCCAGCGGGUUGUCCGAAAACACGCACCAAGAGCUCUUGGAGCUCAGAAUGCAAGUCAAGGACCUGCGCAUGGAAUUGGAGCAGAGGGAUUCCGAGAUGCGGGAAUUGGCCUUGGCCAAGAAGAGCCUUCAAAACGAGGUGGUCAACCUCAAGAACAUCGUGGAUGGCGCCAAUGAGGAUUACAGUCUAAGGGAGCUUGCCAGUCAGAAGGAGAUCAUCAUAUCUCGCGAUCAGGAGAUCGAGAAGCUCCAAAACGAGCUCCAAGGACUUCACGCCAAGGUUAAGGCCUUCAAGGAUGAGGCUGAUCGAUAUCGGGAAACUUUCGAGACCGAGAAAGCCCAUUGGCUCGACGAGAAGGAGAAGGUCAUCCGGUACCAAAAGCAAUUGCAACUGAAUUACGUUCAAAUGUACAAGAAGAACAAGACCCUGGAGGGCGAGAUUGAGCAAUUGAACAAAACUAUCGCAGACCAAAAGAAGAAGUCCAAGAGCAAUCUAGAUCUGACUACUGUGGGUGCCAACGGUGGGCCCAAAGUGAAGAAAUCCAAUUCUGUGCGUGCCAAGU